AUGGCAACUGCACGUUCCGCGCCGCCGCAGCCACCACCAACACCACCACCACCACCACCACCACCACCACUGCAAAACAAGCCUAGGCGGACGCAAGAUGAUUCGGAUGCGUGGAGUACCCGCUCCGACGUGUCUCCGGAGAGGAAAACCGACAUUGCUCUUCGAAAUCAUACGAGAACAGACUUGAUCCGGAGCUCCGUACUACGUCGAAGGGACAUGCCGGGCAUCCCUUCAGUUUUAACGUAUUCCCACCCUCCUCCUGCGCCCCAGGAUGGGGAAAGCAAGCCACAGACCAGUAGUGAUCAGAACCAGAUCGGCACAAGUGAAACACCGCCCACCUGUGGAAGAGUGAGGAGCGUCCUGUGCGCCUGA